AUGUCAAUAGCUAUGCUUUGGGGACUAAACUCUCCAAUUGAUACUGACACAUUGUCUCAUAGGCAAGUGGCAGCAGUCCUUCCCUUUACAAAGAUUGCUGGUGACGAGGGCCCCCAUGCUGUGCAGAUUGCCUGGUGCUGUGCUGCAGGCAGAGUGUCUGACUGUCAGUGCCUGGGCCUCUCAGAAGUGCAGCAGGACUUGGGUGCUGCUAACCUGGGGAACAGCACAAAGACAAGAGUGGAAGAACUGCACAUCCUCUUCCCCACAAGCUCCAAGGCCUCAGCUGUGGCAAGACAUGUGGGAGGGUUUGGUAUGACCACCCCAGCCACCGUUGGAGGCAAAAUUUUUCUGAUAUUUUACGGCCUUAUAGGAUGUGCAGGGACCAUUUUGUUCUUUAACCUGUUCCUGGAGCGCUUGAUCACGGUCAUAGCUUACGUGAUGAAGUCCUGCCACGAGAGACAGCUGAGGAGGAAAGGGGUUCUCCCUCACAACGGCCGCCGGGGCUCGGGGAGCUCCGAGGUGGACAGCCUGGCGGGCUGGAAGCCCUCUGUGUACUAUGUAAUGCUGAUUUUAUGUGUAGCAUCCCUCAUCAUUUCCUGCUGUGCCUCUGCAAUGUACACACCAAUUGAAGGGUGGAGUUACUUUGACUCACUUUACUUCUGCUUUGUGGCCUUCAGCACCAUUGGUUUUGGUGAUCUGGUCAGUAGCCAGAACGUCAGGUAUGAGAGCCAGGGCCUUUACCGCUUUGGCAACUUUGUCUUCAUACUCAUGGGGGUGUGCUGCAUCUAUUCCUUAUUUAAUGUGAUCUCUAUAGUCAUCAAGCAGUCCAUAAACUGGAUAUUAAAGAAAUUGGCCUGCAAGUGCUGCCACAGGUGCCAAAGAAGAUUAUUUCGUUCACGGAGGAACGUGGUGAUGCCGGGAAAUGUGCGCAGCCGGAGGAACAUCUCCAUCGAGACCGACGGUGUCAACGAGAGCGACACGGACGGACGCCGUCUGUCAGGGGAGAUGAUCUCCAUGAAAGACUUCCUGGCCUCCAAUAAAGUCUCAUUGGCUAUCAUGCAGAAACAGCUGUCAGAAACUGCUAAUGGGUAUCCAAGGCAAAUGAGCUCUAACUCGAAGCAAAACGGAUUCUCUGGUGGGGUUGGAGCCCUGGCAAUUAUGAAUAACAGACUGGCAGAGACAAGUGUGGAUAGGUGAAAUAAUGACAGUAAUAGCAAUGAAACAGUGUGAACCAUUUCAACAGGUAUUGAAACAACGUGAAUCAAGUGAAAUAGCUAGGGAGAGAGCACCACCUCAGGGUGGGAUCAUGUGGAGAGCAUACCUCCUGAUGGAAGACCUCUUGACUUUUUUGGGGGCUAUCACUUAAUGUUUUUGCAUUGUACCAGUCCCAGCUCCUCAAGCAGGUUACUGCAGGAGGAUUUUAAUUUAGCCUUCAGAUAAAAUUUCUAUGUCCUGUUCUUCUCCAUUAUGUGACAUACAGAUUUCAGGAUAAGAAAUCUGUGAGACGAGAAGAAACAAAGUGUGUCUACUGAACACAUUCUCAAUUCAGAGAUUGUUUAGAGCUGUCUGUCUUACUCUCAUCAUGCCUGUUUCCUGGAAGUGACUUAUCUGAGACCAAAAGAUGAAUCAGCCUUUGUGAUAUUGCAGAUCUAAUUUAAUGGAAAAUAGUAUGAAAGUUGGUAGGUAUAUUCUGGAGCUGUUGUAGUGUGAAUGGGGAGAGAAUUUUGCCUUUAAAAUUUAUUUAGUCUUUCCUAUAAUAGGAUACUGUCAAAAGUGAUAGAAUAAAAACUUAUCCUACUUUUAUUUUCUUCAUUUUCAAAACAUGGUUCUUUUCCAAGGAUACUUUUUCUUCUAGAGUUGAAUCACUGUGGCUUUCUGCUUCAAAAAUGUCAGAUUAAAUUGAAAAUUGACAUGAUGAUGAGUGGUAUGAAUUAUUCUACAACAGCAAUCAAGGAUUUUCCAAAUUUCUGUUCAUAUUUGCCUCAAUUGUGACUGAAGCACAGCAUCUGUAAUGCAACUAGUAACUGAGUUUACACAACAGGCAUUAGUAUGCAAUUAGAUUGCUACGCCAGCAUCCAGAGUGUUAUUAUAAAUGACUGUGAUCACAGAAUCACUUUGGCAGUGUCCUUUUUCUCUUUCAUGUAACUCUGUCAUUCUUCAUCUGUUUCCCUGGCUUUCAGUGAUAAUAAUGACAGUGUCUUGAUUAGGGAAAUAGAAAAUGUUUUAAUUCCUUGUUUUUUCUCAAUGAAACGCUCUGAGUGCUCAUUAUGACUAGAAAGGAAAUUUCAAUGAGAAGAACAAUAACAGUGAGAAGAUCAUGAAAACAGGAAAAGAAGUGAUCUUAAAUGACAAUGAAAUCAUCCUUUGUAUUAGGUAGCUAGAGAAAUAAUGAAUUAAAUUAACAUAAAAUCUAGCAAGAAUUUAAGGAAGACUGGGCUGAAUUCCUGGUUCUUCUUUCAAUUUGCAACACAUUAAAGCUAAACAAUAUACAAGAGUGUAAAUAAGCAGAACUGGUCACAAAGGACCCCGUCCCCUGGAAAGAGUAGUAUAUGCAUCAGGACUAAAUGUUUUCUCAUAGCUGGAAAGCCUUUCAGAAUACUGCAAUAUUAGGAAAUUUAGAACAUCAUUAUGUGGUUCUCUCAUACAGAACAAUGCAGAUUGCCUUUUCAGUCUAAUUUGUGUUAGGAGUUAAUUCUUUUUCUUCAUUCUGGCCUAAAGUUCUUUCACUUAGGUUUCUAAUAUUGUAGAAUAACAUUUUUAUACUAAUUUUAUCAAUAUUUGAAUUUGAAAACAAAAGCUUGGAAUCCUUUAAUAUAAUAAGCUACCCAAGAUAUUCAGCAAAUGUACUUAACUAGUGAAAAAAUCGCAAGCUCUUUUAACGUUAUUAGGGGUAAAAUUCCUGAUUUAAGUCAAAUCCUGCUGUUCUUAAUUACAAGGAAAGCUUCAAAUUGAAGUCCAAAUUCUGAUAUCUGUCAGCUAAUCUGUGCAGCAAUGGAAUAGUUUUUAACAGUGUCCUUUCACAUUUGCAUCCAUGUAAAAUCUGAAUCAGCUUCCAAACCUAACUUUUGUGAGAAAUGCAGUUUUGUUUGGUUUUUUGGAGGGGAGUAUGUUUUAGCAAAAAUUGCUACUGAGCUAUUUAAGAUGAAAUUAUAAUACCCAAGAUUCAUUACACUGUUCAACUUUUUUUUUUUUAAAUCUCAAGGCCUUCUUUGUCUUAAUCUCAUUGAAUAAAAAUACUUGGCUAUAAAGCAGAGAAGUACUACUCUGUAUCCUUCUUUCCAAAUUCAUUCAGAAACAUAUCUGUUCAUUUCCUGUAAGCCUAAGAUCUCAUUGUUAUUGAUGUAUUUCUCUGCCAACUAGCAGAAAUAGUAUAGGAUUUAACCUAUACUAUUGCUUCAGCAACUAUUAAGAGGAUCUUCAGAUGGUUUCAAGACAUGAGACAGUUGUGUGGCUCUGUUCCAUUCUUUCUGGUAACCAAUGCUGGUUUCUCAUCACCACAAAGGAAUCUUUGUCAGCUAUUUUCAAUAAGUCUGAACACAUCUAUGGUUAUAAAAGCAAGGGACUAAUACAUAAUCUUUACUCAAGAGACUUGGCAAGGCUGUGGGGGAUCUUUGGUGUACACUAGCUCUGUUUUCAUUGAUCAGCCCUGACCUGCUCACUCAGACAGGUCAGCCCUGCCAGGUGCAAGAUCUCUGCACUGGUUUUGUGGUUGGAUGUCAUGUCCACUGAAGAUAACGAGGGAAUAGCUGCAAUAAUCAUCUCUAUACAGAUGUCAAUUGUCAGAGAUGAAGGACCAGCACAUUCUAUCCCUGUGCCAUCUUGUACCAUGACAUCAUCCUGUCCCUAAGAAACCUCUCACUUUGUCAUUGAGUUCCCCUUAUGGCAGCCACACUUAGCAUUGAAUGAGGUAACUUUGCCAAGGAGACUGUAGAAUUCUUAGAGAAUAUCUCUGGAUAAAUAAGACUUUUAAGAUCAGAGAGAGAGAUUUCUGACUACAGUCCCAUGGUAUUACAGUUCUUUUAGUAAAGGCCUUGAAGAGAGAAAUCCCCAAAAUCUCUGAUUAUAAUGAGCUAUAAUAUUAUAUUUUAAUAUCAAGAUAUUAAAUUUGCAAAACAAGUGGAGAUACAGAUGUACACAUACAAAAAAAAAAGCAGGAUUUAAUGCAGGGAUGAAAAAUGCCCAUCCUGUGUGAAAAUAAAUUACAAUAAAAAUAUGAAUAACAUCACAUUUAUUUCAUUGCUUUUUAAAGUAGUGAUUGAGGAAUUAAAGGAAAUAGUCAGGAAUCUAUUUUCAAAGCUGUGCAAAUUUUGAUGCCAUAUUGCUUAACACUAAAAUCUCAGUCAAUAAGACAGAAAUCUGUUUUCAAAAGUACUGAGUUUCUCUGUUACUUGCCAUGAAUUUUCAUGGUGGCUAUUGAGAUAUAGGGAUGAGGUUUUUAAGGCAAAAAUGACUGGGGGAAAAUCUUGAAUACAUUGAGAUUCUGCAUCUGCACUUUAAAAGAUCAGGAGUACCACUAAAACCAGUGGGUUAAACUACAGGUCGCGGCCUGCCAGGCUGAAACUGAAAGUCCUUAAUGGAAUAAUCUGCUGAAAUAUAACCUUAUCAUUAUGCCACUACUUAAUAAUAUCAUUAUUGAACACUAUAAUUUUUUUACAUUGAAAGGAAAUAUUUAGUGCUAACCAAAAUACAAUCAAAUAAAAGUAGGAGUGGCUCUGAGGGUUUUCUGUCUUGUUUAGGUUUUGUAAAAUGUGUGCAUCAGGCACUUUGCUGAUAGGUGGGUGUGAAAGCAGUUACAUUCAUUUAUGUCCAUGAAGGACAUGGGCUGCUUUUUGCAAGGACAUGGAUAGACUCUUCAACGGCAUUUAAGUCCUGCUGGAAGUCAAUUAACUUCCCAUCACACAGCAACUUUCAGUAGAAGUCAGGUUCCUGAUUCCCUUAGGCAAUUUCAGGACCCCAACCAUGUAUUAGGUUUUGAAUCUAAGAUGACCUGACAGUAUCCCUGGAAAGUUCAAAGUGUUGGAGCAAAGUUUCAGUGCUGCAGCACUCUAAUAGCUGAAUUAAUUUAUCUAAAAGCAUUUUAUGGUGAAAGCUUUGCAUCAACCAAAUAACACAAACAAUGUUUACAUUUUGUUUGAUUUACUCUUGGCCUCUGUCAGUUUUAAUUAUAUUUGACACAUUUACAAAUUGAAGAACAAAGAGAAGGUUGGGCUAGGCAUAAAAAAUAAAGCAGCUUCAUUUCUCUGACUGAAUUGAUCAAGAGAAAGAGGUUAGGUUGGGAAAAGAGCUUCUUGAUUAAUAUUAUAUUUGAAUAAACUUUAUCUGGAGGUGGAGGAUAUUAAGUUGUUUGGAUGACUCUUCUCCAACAGCUGUGAAAGUGGAACUCUUUGUGUGACCCCCCCUGAUAUCCCUAGUCUGGGAACAGAAGCUGAGUGAGCCUUAGCUUAGAGAAGGGUCAGCAUUUCCAAGCAAUACAGCUGGAAUCUUCUGUUGUUUUAAUUUAGGCUACUAACACUGGGCUAACACAGCGCUUUCUUAGAUCCUUCAAGAAAUAGUACAGUUAUUUUAUCUAAUUUCAUGUACAAGCUGUGGAGAAUCACCAAGUGUUUUCUUUCCCCUGGGCAGAAAAUACUGCCAAAUACACAAGUACAAUGUGUCUGUUUGAGAAUUUUCACAGUACUUUUAUGCUUAAUCCAGGAAAGAAGAACAUAAUCCCUUCCCUACUCCUUAUUUUCCAAACAUCUAUGGGCAUUGGCAAUAAUAUCUACUCAAUAUUCUGCUUAUUACUAAAAGGUCACAUUUCACUAGGAAAAUGAAAGCCAUUGUUCAUCAAGGUGAACCAACAUAGUCUUAUUUCUUAUUAGAUUUAAGAGAAAUUGUGAUCACAAAGAAGGACUCUUCAUAUCCAAGUAGUCAGAAGCUUUUUGAUAUAGCUUGUGUUUAUAGAGCUGUUUUAUGUAAAACCACACAAAACCCACAUGACUGCAGACUUAUAAGAGCAUAAAUAAGUCUAAGAACAAACUUAUAGAAAAAAUACACUAUGUUAUAUUUUGAUUUUUUAGUUUCAUUCUAAUAUAUGUCUUCAGUUUUCAUUAUUUUUAAUUAUUUGUGAUAAUAGAAUAAAUUUAAAUUUGCAAAGAUUUUGGGAGGCACAAUAGUGAGAUAUGUUUUAAAUGAAAUAUUAUUCUCCACAGGCUGUCUAGCUUUCUAUAAAGGGGAAGCUUGAUGAAAGGCAGAAUCAACUCUUUCCAAGCAAGGGUGCAAUUUCUGGACUCAUAUGGAUUUCCUAUUAGGUACAUACAGAAGCUCCCAGUAGGGCAAGAUGGCUUUGUUUUCACAAAUGUUAUCUUUCAAAAUGCUUUUCAAAGUUAUUCCUCCUUUUAAAGCCAUAGAACACUGUCAGUGUUUUCUGUUUGUCUUAUCUGAGAAAAUUUAACCUUGCUUUUUUCAUAUCUUUAGAAGAAAAAGAUGCACAUGAAGAAAAAUGAAAAUGACUUUACAUAAUCUUUACGUGUAUUGCUUGGAGCUGCAGAAAUCCUCCUCUUUAUCCUAACUCAAGUUUACAUCAGAGUAAUUUCUCCAACUCACCAAAGAGGUUUGGUCUUAUUAGCCAGUAGCCACAGCUCAAAUGAAAGCACUUUAGAGUUGCAUUUGUUUCUCUGUUUAAAUGAGGCAAUGAGCUGAUGGUCUGAGCAGUGGGUGCUGUUCUAAGUUUGUUAGCAUUCAAAAGGCUGGACUCACCAUUGUUCUCAUCUCUGCAAUGGUCAGGGAGACUCUGAGUAGUGUCCAGAAGAGUCCUUAGUGCUGCAGUAGCAGCAAUUGCUGGCCAUGAACCUCUGGGUGUCCUGCUGUCUGAACUUAGUGCCCAGGGCCAGAACUAGACAGACAGAAUGCUGUCCAGAACACCAUUUCAGAGAUGCACAGAAUAAUCUGCUAUGGAAGAUGCCUCUGGAUGCCAUCCUGUCACCCCUUUCCAAAGCAGGCCUAGCUAGUUCCUGCCCAUCUGUAGCAUUUGCUGGGUGAUACUUCUUCAGCACUCUGUUCACAGUCAGUGUACACUCAGUGUACUGACUGAACAACACCCUGCCAAGAGAAAGUGACAGACCUUCCUCUGCACCAUUACAUUUGGGCAAAUACUUAGCUCUAAGUUAAACAAAUUUCUUUGUAAAUAGCACCCAGACUGCUGCUUUUCUCAGCCUCAUAAGCAGCAGAUGGGUAUUUUGAUCCCUAGGUAUCAUUAUUGUUGGCAGUCCUAUUUGAGAUGGCAGGGCCUGAGAAGGUCAGUCUGUCUGCAAUAGGCUCCUAGGCAGGAUCCUAUUGGCAAUCCAUGGCACUUUAGCUCUACACAUUGCAUUUGGCUGGACUCAAGAAUGGAUUCUGCUCUGCUGAAAUCAAUGGAGACUUUGCUUCUGGAUUCUUUAUCUGGCAUUUUUCACAAGUAUUAAUUUCACUUUACAAAAUAAUCCAAAGAAAUGUGACUAGCCUUUUGCUUUGCUGUUACCAUCAGCUGUGCAAAUACUAAUUUACUCAUGCAGUGCUGUGUUCUGCAAUAAGUUAUUGCCCAGGAACCUUUUUUUGGUCUACAAAAUAAUCAUCUACUUCUAAAGAAGACCAAUUUAAAAUUGAAAGUACCUAGAUUAUUAUUUCUAAGAAUUGUUUGGUAGUCAUUCAUUUCAUCAGCUGAAAAAACUCUAACAAAUAACACAUUUUCCAUGAAAAUUCCUGCAGUUUUGCAAGGGUAAAGAAAGGGAGAGUUGCUUUAUGCUGACUGCUUGUGUCAUCUUGUUCUUUCCCUCAGCUUUCUGUUCUCAGCCCUCACCAGCAGAGUGACCUUUCUCCCUCUUUUUUUUUUUCUUUACAUUUACUUUUUUUCUUAGUUCAUCAAAUUCUUCUGUUAGCCAAAUAUACCAUGGUAUAUGUACCACACAAAGCAAGUCAGGAGGAAAAGCAAGUGAGGCACAGAGAGUUCUGAAUGCCCCAUCAGCUGAGAAGGUGUCAAACAGAGCUUACACCUCCUCAGAUUGCAGCAUAGAUGCAAAGGGUAAACAACAAGUGUUGUGAUAUUUUAGCAUCUCUGAAAAAAAAAUCCCUUUAAUCUGCCAGGAUUUAAACUUCUUUGUUCACGGUUCUAUCCUUGCCUUUCACUCUUAUACCUUCUUUGAAUUCCUAAGGCUUUAAGGCCCUGUGCAUGAA